AUGAAAUGGGAGAAAGUAUUCGGAGAACCAUUGUCCUCUGCCAGUAUCAUACUAGCUCACGACAUUCUGCAGAUAUACAUCCCUGUGCUGUUGUUAGCUAUUGUUUACUCCGUCAUCAUUACGAAGCUCAAGACACAGGCAAACCCAGGUGAACAGUCCGCCAACACUCAGCAACAGCGGAAAAGAAGAAACAGAAACGUGCUUCAAAUGUCCAUUGCUAUAGUAACAGUGUUUGUAUUUUGCUGGUUACCAUUCUCUAUCAACGUUUUAAUCAUAGCGUAUAAGGACAGGUCCACGCAUUUGUCGUGUAGUUUCUGGCUAUACUUCACUGUCACCGCUGAUAUGUCUAAUGCAUACUAUGCUAUCAACCCGAUUAUCUGUUUCAUUUUUAGCAGUAAUUACCGACAAGCUCUUAAAAGACUUAUAAAAUGUUCUUCUGCACAGGCGUAGAUCGCAAAAUGUGCUUUUGGUUGAAGAUGUUAAGAGUUAGAGGUUUGUAGAACACGCGUGAAUAAAUGUGUCAUGACUUUCAGUGUGUUUUUAGUAGUGAAAAUUAUCGAAAAGGUCCAACUUAGAAGACUCAUGAACUGUUCUUUUGAACGGGCGUAAGUUACAGACAUAAUGUGCUUUUGAUUGAAUAUGUUAAGAUUUAGAGGUACGUGAAACACUCUUGAAUAAAAAAAAAAAUCACCACGAUUGCCUUUGGCGUACUUAACUGAGGAUUAAUAAAACUGAGGUGUUCAUUUUAAGUCUGCCAUGACUGCGAAAAGUGACAGCAUAGGCCACGUAUUGUAAAAGGUUGGGUGGUAAAUAAAUCUGGGGGACGGACCAUUAGAAAAGUUAUUGGGAGCGUAGAAGGCGAUAUUAUACAACUGCACAACUAGCAACUGUUAAUUAAUGAAGAACCGCUCCAAAGUUAAAGAAAGAGGUUCUCCCGAAAAAAAGAAACGAAUAAAACGGACAAUUACGAACAUCUGGCUUUUGAAAUUCUAGCACCACCCCGAGGAUUGACAGCAUUUUUGCGUCGUCAAAAGAAGCAAAGAAAAAACUGCAUGCUUUUGUGGCACGUACGCCGUUCGCCCAUUGGGCAAAACUGAUACAUGAACCAAGAAGUAAAACAGGAGUUUAAGCGGCAAGGUGUUGUGUUUUCCACAAAAUAAAUUAAAUGACAUUGCCGGUUUCAUAUGUUUUUAUAGACAUUUUAAUUUUUUGCUAGAUAAAUUUUGAUGGCGUAUUUCCACAUGCAAAUAUUAUGUAUCACACCAGCUUAAAAUGUUCGGUACUCAUAUUGGUUUCCAAACAUCUUUUUAAUCGAUUUCUAAAUACAACGACAAUGGCUUAUAGAUCGUUUUCACAGUGACGUCAUCAAAUUGUAAUGUCAAAAUAGCGAGGUUUUACGAAUUCUUAUAUACAAUAGGUUGAAGACAAACAAAAAAUAAAUCUUUGCACAAGUUUCCAUUCCCGUAGCAUGUUUCAUUUCGAAAAUACAGCAAUUUGAACUUCCGAGUUUUCAUAGUGGGUGACACCAAAAUAGGAAUACUGUCUCGUUGAAAACAUGUUUCUCCUCUUGAUUUUCAGCAGUAUAACCAUUUCAAGUAUUAGAAGGUAUGUUUAUGCGCACGUAUGCUAGUUCUCGACUGAAAAGAAAAAGCUUUUAUAGAAAAAAGGAACUCCAGAUGAUUAUGUUGAUUUUCGGCGGCCAUAGUAACAAUUAAAGGAGUCAAAGAAGUAACGAGCCUUGUCUCUUGUUGAGAAAGAACCUGCUAGUUUCCCUUUGCCGACAGCAGACUCUUGGUUCUAUAAUUUCCCAUUUUUAGUUCGAUCGACAGGCAAAUGAUAUAAAAACUGCCUAUUUUAUGCACACAUGAUAACAGGCAUUUAUUUUUGCCUCAUAUUUUCCUUUAAUGGAAAGAAUAAUGGCUUUACAACAAAUGAUUGACAAGAAAAACGCAUUUUGUUAUAUUUAAUCCAUUUUGUCUAGUUUUUGCCAGGGGCAAAUUUUGUCCCCCGCGCCUUUAAAGAUUGCCCCCCAUCAGACAAAAAUUAGAAAAAGCGCGACAACCAUUCGCAUUUGUUAGGCGUCAAUGAUGAGAAAAAAUUUGUUUAAAUAAACAAUUUUUUCGCUAGUGAAAAAAGGUCCUACUCUCUUUUCAAUCGAUUUCUUAAUAUAGCCACCUGACUGUAUUCUGGUCAGGCCUUGUGCAAGCUUCUCCCUUUCUUUGGAGACGUUUCCUUUGACGUUUCCAUUCAGAAUCUAAUUCUGAUAGCGGUGGAUCGAUUUGGAGCCGUGGUGGUUCCGCUCCGUUCCCCACUCAUCAGAUCCAAGCUGUGUCCCUUCUUCAUUCUCACCACGUGGAUAGUUGACGUAGCUGUCAGUUCGCCAUACUUGUUCGCCAACAGGAUCGUCGAAUGCCCAGAGGGAACCUGGUGUGUUGCGAAAUGGGAAAAAGUAUUCAGAGAGUCAUCGUCCUAUGCCAGUUUCGUUGUAGCAAUCCUCCUUUUGUUUACAUACAUCCCAGCGACUUUGUUAGUUUUUCUUAACUCCAUCAUCCUUAUCAAGCUAAAGACACAGGCAAACCCAGGUGAACAUUCAACCAACACUCGACAACAGCGGAACAGAAGAGACAGAGACGUGCUUCAAAUGUCCAUUGCUAUCGUAACAGUGUUUGUGCUUUGCUUGUUACCGUGCGCUACUACCGUUUUAAUCAUAGAGUAUCAGGACAGGUCCUCGCCUUUCUCGUGUAGUUUCUGGAUAUACGAUGUAGUCACCCUUUUUAUGGCUAACAUGUACUGUGCUAUUAACCCCGUGAUCUGUUUUAUGUUUAGCAGUAAUUACCGACAAGCUCUUAAAAGACUCAUAAAAUGUUCUUUUGCACAGGCGUAG